UUGAUUACAUUACACAUUUAUACAUCUCUCAUAUACGAGCUUACGAAAAACGAGUGUGUUCUUGACUUGGAUGGCGAGAUCGAUAGCCUCUUCUUCCAGGCGGCGAGUCAUGGCGGCGUUGGAUCACGAAGGUGACACCAUGGCGAGGAAGAAGCGUCGCGUCUAUGUCGCAAUCGAGGAGAUCGAGAGCCAUGGCCACGAGGAAGACGACGAUGGCGGCGAGGAAGUGGAGGAGGAAGAUGAACAAAGCCAUGGCGAAGCUGAUGGUGAUGGUGAUGAUGCUGCAGCUGCGAUGGAGGAGAGUGAUGGCCACGACGAGGAAGGUGACAAUGGCGGAGACGAGCCUGAUCAAUCACCUGAUGGUGAUGAUAUGGAGGAAGAAGAGGAAAGAGGCGGCGGCGUCCAUGGUGGGGAGGCGGAGGUAGAGACGUUCCAUCACUCCGAGCAGGCGUCGUCGGCGCGCCCGGUGGUCGCCGUCGCCGGCGUGACGGUGGAGGACGCCGACGCGCUCGAGUGCGGCGUGUGCUGCCUCCCGCUGAGGCCGCCCAUCUUCCAGUGCGAGGUGGGGCACGUCGUGUGCGCGCCGUGCCGCGACAAGCUGGCGCCGGCGGGGAGGUGCCACGUCUGCCGCGCCGCCGUCGCCGGCGGCGAGUACCGGCGCUGCCACGCGCUGGAGCGCCUGGUGGACGCCAUCCGCGUGGCGUGCCCGCACGCCGCGCACGGCUGCGGCGCCACGCCGGCGUACCACGCCCUCGACGCGCACCGCCGCGCGUGCCCGCACGCGCCGUGCCGCUGCCCCGGCGAGUCCUGCGGCUUCGCCGGCUCCACCGCCGCGCUCCUCGACCACUUCGCCGCCGCGCACGCCUGGCCGUGCGUCGCCGACGUCAGGGCCGGCGAGACGCACCGCCUCCACGACGGCUUCAACUUCCACCGCGUCGAACACCGCGGCGGCGGCGACCACCGCCUGAUCAUGCUGAACAUGACGCGCGAGCCGCUCGGCCGCGCCAUCUCCGUGCUCUGCAUCCACCCGCACGCCGCGCCCGCCGCCGAGAUGCAGUGCGAGCUCCGGCUGCACGUCUCGCGCCCCGCCGACGACGCCGGCGGCGGCCUGUGCAUCAGCCACUACCAGAAGUCGGUGUUCCACAUAGGCUACAGCGACCUCGCCGACGGCGUGCCGGAUCGCCGGCGGCGCUUCCAGUUCGUCGUGCCGCGACAUGUCGUCGGAGGAGACAACGAGGAUGGUGUCCAAAUCCGUGUGCGUAUCAAGUAUUAAGAUCAACUAGGCACAAGCAUCAGAUUUUUGUUAAUUAGGAGUUAAUGCAUGAAUUAUCAUUUUGUUUAAUUAGGAGUCCAUGUGUGAAUUCAGCUGGUUAUGUGGAUUUGGAAUUUGAAUUUGGAUAAUGAGGAUGAGUUGUGGCAAAAAAAAAAAAUUAAUGCUUACAAACAAAAAUCGGAAA